UCUAUAGACGAAGAAAUUCUCCUGCCUUAGCUAACAGCAGAAUGUGGAAACCUCGAAACAUAUUUUUAUUUUUUGUUGCCUUAAUUUGCACUGUCGCCAUCACGAAAAGUGAUUUACCAUGUGCAGCGCGUGAUGUAGGUAUCGAAGGGAGGUCUAUAGUUUGCGUGUGCAAUUCCGAAUAUUGUGACACUGUCACACAUAGCCCGCCUGCAGUGGGGUCCUAUGUGGUGUACACAACUAGCAAAUCUGGCAAACGUUUUGAAAAAUCUUCGGGAAUUACAUCAAGAUCUAAUACAGACGAGAGCAAUGCCGAGACGACAGAAUUUAGUAAUGGAAAUCAAAGAAGUAUAUGGACAAGUGCGACAUUGACCUUGCACCCAACUAACCAACACCAAACGAUUCAAGGUUUUGGUGGUUCUGUUACUGACGCAGCAGCCUAUAAUUGGAAUAAGUUGUCUUUCAAGACUAAAUCUUCAUUUUUAAGGUCGUACUUCAGCGAAGAAGGUCUAGAAUAUAAUAUAAUACGCACACCCAUCGGUGGCUCUGACUUCUCGACGCAUCCCUACACCUAUAAUGAGUAUCCAUGGAACGAUUUCGCCUUGUCUAACUUCACAUUUUCAUAUGAAGAUAUAUUUCUUAAGAUACCAAUGAUUAAAAACAUCCAAUCUAUUGCCAAAGAAGAGGUAAAAGUGAUGGCUUCUACAUGGUCUCCGCCAGUUUGGAUGAAGACAAAUGAAAGAAUAACCGGCUACGGUCAGAUUAAACCGGAGUAUUACCAGACUUAUGCAGAUUAUCAUUUACGGUUUAUGGAACUAUACGAGCAAGCAGAGAUAGACAUCUGGGCGAUCACCACAACCAACGAACCCAUAAAUGGCAUCUUGCCAUUCGUUCGAUUUAAUUCUUUGGGCUGGUUUGCAGCGGAUUUGGGCCGAUGGGUGGGCGCCAAUCUGGGACCCACUAUUCGAAACUCACGCUUCAAUAAAACUUUAAUAUUUGCAGUCGAUGAUCAACGAUAUCUUUUACACUGGUAUCUCAGUGGUAUGGAGAGAGGAGAUAGAAAUUCACUGAACUUCGUGGAUGGUAUCGCUGUUCACUAUUACGGAAACUUUGUGCCCCCGACAAUUUUAGACGAUUUGCACAGAAGAUAUAAUAAAAUUAUGAUAGCCACAGAAGCAUGUGAAGGUCCCAUGCCAUGGCAUCCCAUGAAAGUGAAGAUUGGAUCUUGGGAGCGUGCUCAACGCUAUGCUAAAUAUAUUUUGGAGGAUCUGAACCAUUACAUGGCUGGUUGGAUAGACUGGAAUCUCUGUUUAGACGAAAACGGCGGACCUAACUGGGCAGACAACUUCGUGGAUGCACCCAUCUUAGUAUAUCCUGAAAGAGAUGAAUUUAUAAAACAACCAAUGUUCUAUGCUAUGGGACAUUUUUCAAAGUUUAUUCCAAGAGGCUCCAAACGUAUCUCAGUAACAAAUAGCAUUUUAAGUUUUGGACGAAUAGAUAAUGUCGCUUUUAUCACGCCGCAAGGAAAUAUUGUUUUAGUCCUUCAUAAUACAAACACAAAUGACAUGAAUGUAUCUAUAAGAUUAAACAACAAACGCAUUGACCUGGUUGCUGAAGCAGAAUCUAUUAAAACUGUAGAAAUUAAUCCAAACUAAGUUAAAAUAAAGAAAUUAAAACCUUAA